AUGCCAAUCCCUGCAAUUCCCGCUGUGCCGGUCAACGAGGUCCCUCUUGAUUUUGGCAAGAAAGAGCUGGAAACGGGCGGCCAACAUGUCGAGCACGUCGAUAGCGUAUCGCCGCCCCAAGAAGCUGAAGAAACCGAGCACAAGCUGACGAAACACACGAUCCUGGCAUGUAUUGCGAUCGCAACCCAGAUCAAUGCGUACAUAAUGACGCUGUUGAUACCUUCGACCACCCUGAACUACAUCAACGCCGACCUGGGUCCUGACCCGAACUACACAUGGAUCACGGUAUCUUGGACGCUUGGUGCUUCUGUGAUCGUCUCGGUCGGCGGGAGGCUGUCGGAUAUAUUCGGGCGGAGAUACUUUAUGAUGUUCGGAGCCGCCGUCUCGAUUAUCGGUUGCCUCGUGGGUGCUAAUGCAAAAAACAUCAACAUGAUGAUUGGUGCCGGAGUCCUGUUUGGCAUUGGCAGUGGCUUCCAAGAGAUGGCAUACGCAAUCAUACAGGAAAUGUUGCCCAACAAAUACCGGAUCAUAGGCGUCGGUUCCUUGGAUGUUUCCCUUGCCCUAGCCUUUGUUAGUCCGGUCAUCUCCUAUGCAUUCAUCGCCUAUCAUAGCAUUGGGUGGCGAGGGGCAUAUUGGUUCAUGUUCUCAUGGCACAUGUUUGGCUUUUUCAUGCUCGCUGUUUUCUAUCAUCCCCCCACUUUCAAAUUGAAACACAGAGCCGAUGGCAAAACGAGAUUGCAGCUACUCAUGGAACUCGAUUAUGUUGGCCUGUUUCUUUUCGUCGCAGCAAAUGUAUUGUUCCUCCUAGGUGUCAACUGGGGCGGUAGAGCCUAUGGUUGGAGCCAUCCGGCAGUCAUUGCCUCAAUGGUGAUCGGCAUUGUGUGCGGUGUAAUCCUGGGGAUUUGGGAAGCAUACGCUAAUCUCAAGUACCCUAUGCUGCCUCCCAAAAUGUUCAAGAAGAUUAGAGAGUUCGAUAUGAUCAUCGUCGUAUGCUUCGUUGGUGGCAUGCUUUACUAUAGCAUGAACGUCUUGUGGCCUCGCCAGUCACAGCUCUUCUUUGUCGGCGCUGAUACGCCAAUCAUUCAAGGUGUUUAUGCGAUGAUUUUCUCGUGCGGAACCUGGCUCGCUGGGAUCAUUGUCGUUACUAUGUGCUCGCGCGUUCACCGUGAAAAGUGGCAGUUGGUCUUCUUCAUGAUUGCCCAGACGGCACUCAUUGGCUCACUCGCCUCUGUUGGCCUAGAAGAUAAAGGUCAAGCAAUCGUUACUAUCGUUAUCGGGGCAGCUAUGGUCACGCCACCACAGCUGAUUUCAUUUACGAUGUUAAGCUUGACGCUGGAUGAUCAAAACGAUAUAGGCAUCGCUGUGGGCCUUGCUGGCACGUUCAGGCUUCUAGGCGGCGCCGUUGCGACGGCGAUAUAUACCGCCAUCCUUUCCACCAAGUUCUCCCAGGUUGUGCCCUCGAAGAUGGUCGACGCUAUUCGGGAAUCUGGUCUACCGUAUUCGGACAGCCUGCUCCAAGCUCUGGUAAAAGCAGCUGGUACCAAUACUGCAGCCGCUUAUAAGGCCGUACAGGGUAGUACACCAACUUUGCAGGCGGCUGCGGCGAUGGCAACCAAACAUGCAUAUGUUGAUGCAUUCUCGCUGGUUUACCUAGUCGCUAUCGCCUUUGGGGUUGUGGCCACUGCUGCAUCAUUCAUGACGGUAAAUACAGACAUGAAACUGAAAACUAUGGAUAAAGCGGUAUACUUGAAGGGAGAGCGACCCAAGCAUGAGGGGGUUGUUUGA